AUGGAACCCACUGAUAAAGAAGAGAAGAUUGUGUUUGUAAUUGGUGAUCAAUCGACUAGCGAUAUUGUGGUGAGGCUACGGACGCAAGAAGGUCGAGAUGAAUGGAUGUAUUGUCACUCGGCGAUUCUUGUUAAGAAUUGCAAGUAUUUUGCUGACCGGCUUUCUGAGAAUUGGCCGACUUGUCAGAUACUAGGUUCGCGCAACUGUGUGGAUAUUAAUUGCCAAGAAUCGGAUUUUGAUUACUAUGUAAAUGUUGUUAGGUUUUUGUACAUUGUCGAUGAUGAUAGUUCGGGUGAUGAUUUGUGGCAUGGUGUGAGAAAUACUCUUGGGAUUUUGCAAGUGGCUGUUGAGCUUGGUUGCCCGAAAAUUGUUGCUGCGUGUGUGAGUUACUUGGAAGCAAUGCCAUGGGAGGAGAGUGAAGAGGAGGAGAUAUUGAAGAUUGUACCGAGGAUGGGAUUGCAAGCUGAGCCUAUCCUAGCUAGGCUUCAACCAGUUAACGAGGUAGCUAUCAGGAACAUCUUUCUUUCGGCCUUACGCUUUGUUACGUCGUCCCCUUCAUCGGCGAUGAGUGAUCUGAAAGCAUCAGCGCAAGAGCAACUUGAGUACAUGCUAACUGAGGAUGAUGAUGCCCCUUUGUUGAUACCUGAUGACAAGAUAAAACUUGAGGUAAAAGAAUGUGUGAAAAGACUAUUUUCCCAGUUUAACAACUCAUUGAUACAUUUGUUCUGUGGUUCAACAGAAUCACUUUCUGAAGCAGGGAACGUCUUGUUGUUUCAAUCCUAUUUGACUGAUUUGUCAUGGGUUUGUCAGAUAUUGAGUAAGUUGGAAAUAAUGAGAGAUUUUGUUGAGUGUUGGUUUGAUGCAUCAGAAAAGAUUGUCAGAGUACUCAAACAAGAAAGUUCUACAACUGGAGUCGUUGAGUUAAAGUUGCGAGCCGUUGAGGUAACUUCAAAAGUUUUAGAAGCAAUUGCUUAUGGUACUGUUAUACUGCCAACUGCAAAUCGUCUUCAGGUUUUGAAACUGUGGCUUCCAUUUGUGAGGGCUACGAAACCAAUGAUUGAUUCUGCUAUGAUGAAUUCUGAGAAUGCCGUGUUGCCUAAAAUGGAUGGUGAAAUGUGGCAAUCCAUGGAAUCUAGUUUUGUCUCUAUAAUUCUUGCAUUGCCAUCAGGGGAUCAGGCAGGGCUUUUAACUGAAUGGUUGGAAAAUGAACAUAUCCGGUAUCCAGACCUGACCGAGGCAUUCGAGGUAUGGUGUUAUAGGUCCAAGGCUACUAGGAGAAGACUGUCGUUGCCAGAGGAUGAUCAUGUCAUGACACACUCAGUUUGA